CCUCACUCAACGCAGCCAAGAGCCCAGCCAGCCAUGCUCCGGCAACACUGAACAUCGGACGAGACUUGAACACAGAUAUCUCUCUCUCGCAAUUUGCAUGUCCACACCACAUUGUGCGCACACACUCACACUCGGCAUGUGUGUGCACAGCUAAAUGACAUCGGUUUUGUGCUGCUGUAGCGGCUGCUGCUUCUCAUUCUGCCAAGCCAAAGAUCGACACGCAGAGCAGCAUGGCGCAGUCGGUCCGCUUCUCGGUGACUCCGGCCUGCACGGACGACGAGGAGAGAACGAGAGACGAAGAAGGCGGCGAUGACGACGGUGACUGCGGUGGUGGCGGUGGUGGCGGCGGUGAUGGUGGUGGUGGACACUCGGGGUCUGCGGAGAGAGGCGAGCGAGGCGACAGGCAUCGGCGUCCAAGGACAUCGGCCGGCGUGGGUGACGGCAACCACAAGGAGGACUACCCUUUCCUGCACGCGGGGGACGACGAGCUGGGGGAGGGAUGCGACAAAAACUUGGCGCUCUUCGAGGAGGAGAUGGACACACGGCCGAUGGUUUCGUCCCUGCUCAACCGCCUGGCCAACUACACCAACCUCCCCCAGGGGGCACGGGAGCACGAGGAUGCGGAGAGUAUGGAGGGGGCGCGGAAAGCUCCUCCCAAGGCCCCCAGGAUGGGCACCUUCAUGGGCGUCUACCUGCCCUGCCUGCAGAACAUCUUCGGAGUCAUCCUCUUCCUGCGUCUCACCUGGGUGGUGGGCACGGCCGGCGUGCUGGAGGCGUUCUGCAUCGUCUUCGUCUGCUGCUGCUGCACCAUGCUGACUGCGAUAUCAAUGAGCGCCAUCGCCACCAAUGGUGUCGUCCCGGCGGGCGGCUCCUACUUCAUGAUCUCGCGCUCGCUGGGCCCUGAGUUUGGUGGCGCCGUCGGCCUCUGCUUCUACCUGGGCACCACCUUCGCUGCCUCCAUGUACAUCCUGGGCGCCAUCGAGAUCCUGCUGACGUACAUCGUUCCGUCGGCGGCGAUCUUCCGCGCGGAGGACGGCGGGAGCGAGGCGGCGGCGAUGCUCAACAACAUGCGCAUGUACGGCACGGCCUUCCUCGCCUUCAUGGCCGUAGUGGUGUUCGUGGGGGUCAAGUACGUCAACAAGUUCGCCAUGCUCUUCCUCGCGUGCGUCAUCCUCUCCAUCCUGGCCAUCUACGUCGGAGCCAUCAAGACGGCCUGGAGUCCGCCGCACUUCCCGAUCUGCAUGCUGGGGAACCGCACCCUGUCGCAGAAAGACUUUGACGUCUGCGCCAAGACGACGCUGCAGGAGAACGACACGCUUGUCACGACCAAGCUGUGGAGCUUGUUCUGCGACUCGGCCUUCCUCAACGCCUCCUGCGACGAGUACUUCGACAUCAACAACGUCACCGAGGUGCCGGGCAUCCCAGGCAUGGCCAGCGGAGCCAUCCUUGAGAACGUGUGGAGCAGUUACUCCGGCAAGGGAGACCUCGCCGAGAAGGCCGGGGUGGAGGCCGUGGGCGGAGGGGAGUACCCCAGCCGCACGCUCCCUUACGUGUUCGCCGACAUCGCCACCUCCUUCACUGCCCUCGUUGGGAUCUUCUUCCCGUCCGUGACCGGCAUCAUGGCCGGCUCCAAUCGCUCGGGGGAUUUGAAGGACGCUCAGAAGUCCAUUCCCAUCGGGACCAUAAUGGCAAUCGCCACCACCUCCACUGUGUAUCUCACCAGCGUCAUUCUGUUCGGAGCCUGCGUCGAGGGAGUCGUCUUAAGGGACAAGUUUGGCGAGGCCGUGAGGGGGAACCUGGUGGUUGGUACCCUCGCGUGGCCUUCGCCGUGGGUCAUCGUCAUCGGAUCGUUCUUCUCCACGUGCGGCGCGGGCCUCCAGAGCCUGACGGGGGCGCCCCGUCUGCUGCAGGCCAUCGCUAAGGACAACAUCAUCCCCUUCCUGCAGGUUUUCGGCCAUGGCAAAGCCAAUGGGGAGCCCACGUGGGCACUGCUGCUCACGGCCGGAAUCGCCGAGCUCGGCAUUCUCAUCGCGUCGCUCGACAUGGUGGCGCCCAUCCUCUCCAUGUUCUUCCUCAUGUGCUACAUGUUUGUGAACCUGGCCUGCGCCGUGCAGACUCUCCUUCGAACCCCAAAUUGGCGGCCGCGCUUCAAGUACUACCACUGGGCCCUCUCCUUCCUGGGCAUGAGCAUCUGCCUGGCGCUCAUGUUCAUCUCGUCGUGGUACUACGCCAUCGUGGCCAUGGUCAUCGCCGGGAUGAUCUACAAGUACAUCGAGUACCGCGGUGCGGAGAAGGAGUGGGGAGACGGAAUCCGGGGCCUGUCGCUCAGCGCGGCGCGAUACGCCCUCCUGCGACUGGAGGAGGGCCCUCCGCACACCAAGAACUGGAGGCCGCAGGUCCUCGUUCUGCUCAAGCUGGGCGAGGGCAUGGAGGUGAGGGCUCCACGCCUCCUCAGCUUCGCGUCGCAGCUCAAGGCCGGCAAGGGCCUCACCAUCGUGGGCUCCGUGCUGCACGGAGACUUCCUCAUUAGCUGUGCCGAGGCCCAGGCAGCGGAGCAGUCCAUCAAGAGGCUGGUGGAGAUCGAGAAGGUGAAGGGCUUCUACCAGGUGGUGGUCUCUCCACGCGUGCGCGACGGCAUCUCUCACCUCAUCCAGUCGUGCGGCCUCGGGGGCAUGAAGCCCAACACCGUGGUCAUGGGCUGGCCGUACGGCUGGCGGCAGAGCGAGGACCCUCGCUCGUGGAAGACCUUCAUCGACACGGUGCGGGCCACGACGGCCGCCCACCGAGCGCUGCUCGUCGCCAAGAACGUGUCGCUGUUCCCCGCCAACUCGGAGCGCUUCGCCGAGGGCACCAUCGACGUGUGGUGGAUCGUGCACGACGGCGGCAUGCUCAUGCUGCUGCCCUUCCUCCUGCGCCAGCACAAGGUGUGGAGGAAGUGCAAAAUGCGCAUCUUCACCGUGGCGCAGCUCGAAGACAACAGCAUUCAGAUGAAGAAGGACCUGGCCAUGUUCCUGUACCACCUGCGCAUCGACGCCGAGGUGGAGGUGGUGGAGAUGCACGACAGCGACAUUUCUGCCUACACGUACGAGCGCACUCUGAUGAUGGAGCAGCGCUGCCAGAUGCUCAAGCAGAUGCGCCUGUCCAAGUGGGAACGCGAGCGAGAGAUCCAGAGCAUCACAGACGUGUCGCGGGGAUCGAUCCGCGGCAAGCGGCGCCGUGGCGGCCCCGGCGGCGGCCCCGGCGCCAACGCGACGAGCGACACGGACGAGCACGGCACCACGACGGGGUCCGAACCGGUGUCGCCCGAGGAGGCCCAGCUGGUGAGGGACUCGAGCCGGCAGUCCCACUCCGAGAGCCUGUGCUCGUCGGAGGAGGAAGGAGGGUGUGGAAGCGGAGCCGGCACUUCCGGAGCCGGAGCCGCCGGAGCCGCCGCGGGCAAUGAGCUUGUGUCUUCUCGCGCCGACGCCGUCACUGACGGUGACAAGAUCCACAUGACGUGGACCAAGGAGCGCGAGCAGCGUGGCCAAGCGCCGCCCAGCGCCAACACGCCCGAGGGCUUCCGUGACUUGCUCAGCAUCAAGCCGAACCAGUCGAACGUGCGCCGCAUGCACACGGCCGUGAAGCUCAACGAGGUCAUCGUGAGCCGCUCCCACGACUCACGCCUCGUGCUGCUCAACAUGCCGGGCCCCCCACGCAACCCCCACGGCAACGAGAAUUACAUGGAGUUCCUGGAGGUUCUGACCGAAGGCUUGGAGCGCGUUCUGCUGGUGAGGGGUGGCGGUGGCGAAGUGAUCACCAUCUACUCCUGACUCGGCACCGAUUGGAGAGAGCGGCGGCCUUCCCGGUGCUGUGUGCGUCAACAACCCUGCAAACAAACAAACAAACGAUCAUGCUGCGAGGGGGGGGGGGGGUACGGGCCCUCCGUCAGUAGGGAAACGUAAAACACACAAUGCACGUCGAGGUCUGUGGCCCGUUAGCAGUUGUGGCGUCGUGUCUUGUUGUAAAGUGUACUCGUUGUAGUUAGAGUUGGCAAGUCGUGUUUUAAUUCUAGCCGGUCGGAUCGGUGGCAGCCUUUGGCUUAGGCCUGGCCGCGUGGGCGAGCACCGUCCCAUCCGGCCGUGUGUUUGGCCGCCGGAUGUUUUCGGCGGUGCGGGCGGUCGAGUCACGGUGACGUGUGUCGACCCGGCUGAGGCUACUGCCUCUCGGUUUAAAAGGUUGUUUUAUUUUUUGACAAGUGUCGGCACCCGCGUAUCCGCCGGUCGUCAUCUUUUUUUCUCCCCAGUAUGUGGGUGCCAACAUUAAUGGGAAGGAAAAAACGAUACAUUUUAGUUUUAAGGCGCAAUCUUCUUUUUUUCAGUUGUGUUCACAGUACAAGCGCUGGCAAACGGAAACGAACACAAGCCACCCGAAUAUAUUUAGCUUGCCUCUUGAUAUAUAUAGAUGUAUGUAUAUUCAAUACGAGCGGUGACGAUGCAUUGCGAUUCGUUUUCCAACACACGAUUCUUCAGUGUUAGCAUAACCUUUCGAUCAAUGGAAUCUUGUUGAGCUAGCAAAUCGGGCAUCGGCUCCCGAGGGGCACAGGGCACCCUAGCCAAAGUGCUGUUAAAUUGCCGUUUGUGAGUAGACUGUGCAGUGAUAACGUGACCUACAUGGAUACAUGGAUGGACAAAACUAUUUUUGUUUUAUGAUUACAGUUAUGCCUGUGUCCAAAAUCACCUGGGGAUAUGCUCCCUGUUCUAUUUCUUCUUGGAAGCUAAGCAGGUUUUCAGCCUGGAUCGUGCUUUGAAUGGGGCCAUCCAUUGAGCACCUGAGGUUGUUGUCGGCAGCCGUAGCACUGUGUGGUGAGCAGCAGAGGAAAGUGGAUGCACGUCCAUUGUGCUGCUACUUGGCAUCCUACCCACCUUCACCAUUCCCCAAUGACCAGCGUGUUGUAUCGUCUCGUAUGGGGCUUGGAGGGCCCUCCAUCUAACUGUGAGAUUGGCAAAGGGUACAAAGCGUUGUCGCUUUGUACUGUUAGUGUAGACGUUAUUGCUGUUUACGGAGACUUGGUGAGAUGUUUUCGGCCUGUGUUUCUACACAAUGCCUCUACUUUGAGCCACGUGUAUGGACGUAUGUGUGUUGAACUUAUUUCGCACCGUUAUGUAGGCAAACGUGCUAAUUAGAGGUGCGGGGGAGGAGGGGGGGAUUGGCAAGAAACUAAACACUUGAAAUUGUAUUUGGAUGAAGAGGUUGCCAUGUUGGCAGAUGCAGCACAGUCGCUACUGUUACGCGGGACCUCUUUGAGAUGACCGGUUGAUGGUGCAAUUGGCCUGGUAGUGUUUGCGCAGUCAGGACUGGGUGUAAAGCAUGGGCUCGCAUUGAGUGACCACUGCACAUAUGGUCAGCAUCUUAAUUACGUGCGAUUUAAAUACAAGUUAAUCCUCGAUUUACGCAAGGAUGCGGUCUUAAAUAAAAACGCGUAAAACGAAAUAUUGUAAAUGGGAAUGGCUUUUGCCAUUAAUAUUAAAGGUAGGGAUGUAUUUCGGACUCGACUCGCGACCUAAAAAUACAGGGUGUUUGAUAAAGAUGGACCCGAUUUGAAAUCGCUAUAUCUCUGCAACCACGAACCGCCCAUGAAUGAAACUCUUACCACUUGAAAGGGCGGGGCAUAGAGAGGGCGAGGCAUAGAGUUACAAAUGAUUACCGCUCGAUGCCUCUCCCAGCGCACAAACAGCCCCUAGCCUCAGUCAUUCGCAAGACACACUGCCUCAACGUUGGAUAGGUCGCACAGGACCCCAAGACUUGGCGCUACACUCUUGGCCCCCAAGAUCCCCAGACAUCAUCACACCCUGCGACUUUUUCUUGUGGGGAUACGUCAAAGACCGUGUUGUUUUUGUGCCACCAUUAGCGACUAAUCUGGAUGACCUCAAAAGCAGAAUCACGGCAGCGGUGACUUCAGUGGAAGAACUCACUUUGAGAGGCGUUUGGGACGAAUUCAACUAUCGUCUCGAUGUUGUCCGUACAGCAGGUGGAGGGCACAUAGAGCAUUUAUAAAAUGGUUAGUAAAACUUGAUAACUCAUUAAACCGUUGGUAUCUUUUUGUGUAAUUGUAACAUGUUGCUAUCGUGAAAUAUACUGCUUUGAAAUUGGGUCCAUCUCUUAAAAAAAAAAACUAUAUACACCACCCUUACCACGUCUCACAAUAAACAAGAAUAGAGCGUGACUAUUAAAACGAUUGAAUCAUGAUGAUUAUUAUUAUUUAAGCAAUUUUUCGAUUUAAAGCUUUCGUGACUGCAGGGAUUCAUCUUCUUGGUUUUUUCGGGAAAAGUCACGAAGAAGGGAAAUAAUAAAAUAAUAAAAAUAAAACAUAAUAAAAU